UCACGAUUUCCGAGACACAGAAGUCAAUCUACGACAAAUCGACCGCAUCGUUUUUCUUUACCAAUCUUUCGAAUUAGGGUUUCUGCGAAAUUUCCCGUAAAGAAUGGGGGGCCAUGGUGCUGUAGAGGUGGCCAAGACGGUUCUCGAGGUCGCCGACGUGGCAUGGGCGGCGGCGGAAUGUUGCCAUCAUUUCCACCACCACGACGGAACACACGAUAACCAAGAUAACCCAGAGGCAACGAAAGAGAAAGAAUUGGAGUAUCUAAAAUCAGAGAAUCGCCGUCUCAGAAACCUUCUUGACCAAAACCUGAAGCUCCUUCAGAAUCUAUCUGAAUCUCCUACCCUCUUAAACGACUGCCCACCGGACCUGUAUGCGCGCCUGAUAUCUACAGUUGAUUCUAAAAACUUCUUGAUUCGACUCAAAGCUCUCCACGAAGCCAAUACUAAUGUUGAGUUUCCAUUCAAGGAGGCUACAGGAGAUGAUGUGCAUUCAGCUGAAAUUUUGAUUAAUGUCGACCACGAAGAACCCAGUUGGUGGGUGUGGGUAACUGAUGAAAUGGUUCCAAACAAUGUGGAGGAGUGGAGUGGUAUUGAUGAUGAGAAUUAUAUCAUUGUCAGUGAAGAACAUGUUGUUGAUGGGGUAGCCAACUUUAUGGCUAAAUGCAUUGUGUCUAACCCUAAAGCUCAGAAUUUGACACCAGAAGAGCUGCAGAAAACUCUUGUAAAAGCAUUGGGUGGAGUCGGGAAAGUGGAGAAGAUUAUGAGUAUCUGGCAUGCUGGGAAGAUGUUCUACACACUGUCAACCUGGGGACUUGCAUUGACAGGGUUGUAUAGGAGCCGUGCUAUAUUGAAACUUGCUGCACAGGGUAUCCACACAACCGGCAAAGUCGUUCUCAAGACUUUAUAAAGUAGAUGCAUGAUGACAAUCGAAAAAGUCUAUUGUUGAACAAUAUUGGUGCCUGUAUUUCUCGUGGUGUCUCAAUCAUUCGUAAUUGUGUAAAUAUUGUAAAAAAAUUUGGCAUUUACACUUGGCGUCAUUGAUUAAGUGUAUCAAAUCCUCUGUUCUUGCUGUUGUACUUCAUGUCUCUAUGCAGUCACCAUUUCUUAUUCCUUCACAUGGUUGAUGAAAAUACCACAAAUUUUGCUAGCAGCACCAUAAAAAUAUGUUUAUUCCCACGAGUUACACCAAAACUAGAGAAUACUCGAGGAUCAUGCUCACCAUUUCCAAAGAAAAAUGCCACUACAAGCGAGGAGCAUGCCAAAACUGUUUGUCUCAUUUCUAUAUCCUAUAAAUAAUAUGACAUUAAUUUGACUUAUAUUGUUGAGUGAGGGAAUGCAAGAAACAAGAAUAUGGAGACAACACAUUCUGAAUGUUAGAGCAGGACUUCAAGAAACCAAGAGCAGGGUCUUCUGGUCUUCAAGCAUCUCGCAGAUGAGAAUCACUAUAAAGAGAAAAUUCACACCAGGGGGUCAAGAAAGAAAAAUUUAGGGGAAACAACAAAAUAUUAUACCAGCAGACUCAGCAACUCAAAAUUUACAUUGACUGUAAAUAGAAAUUCACAUUACAGACUAUAAAUAGAAAUUCGCAUU